ACACGUGCGUGAUGACGCAUUGAACGCUUGGCUGGAGGCGGAAGUGCGUGCACGGCGAGGGCUCUCACCCGGGGCAGGAUGGAGGAGGGCGCCGAGGCCCAGGUUGUCCUGCACAUUGUGGUCGUGGGCUUCCAUCACAAGAAGGGCUGCCAGGUUGAAUUUUCAUAUCCACCGUUGGUUCCAGCAGAAGGACAUGAUAGUCACAGCUUGCCCGAGGAAUGGAAAUACCUUCCAUUUCUUGCUCUGCCAGAUGGAGCACAUAACUACCAGGAGGAUACUGUUUAUUUUCACUUGCCUCCAAGGAGUGGAAAUCAAAAGACGGUUUAUGGGGUUUCCUGCUAUCGUCAGAUAGAUGCCAAGAUCCUGAAAGUUCGUCAAGCAGACGUCACUAGAGAAACUGUGCAAAAGAGCGUCUGUGUGCUCAGCAGGCUGCCGCUUUAUGGUUUACUUCAAGCAAAAUUGCAACUCAUCACACAUGCUUACUUUGAGGAAAAAGAUUUUUCACAAAUUUCUAUCUUAAAGGAACUUUAUGAACACAUGAACAGCUCUUUAGGAGGGAAUGCCUUAGAGGGAUCCCAGGCUUAUUUAAGUCUGUCGCCUCGUGACCUGGUUCUCCAUUUCAGACAUAAGACAAUAAUUCUCUUCAAAUUGAUUCUUUUAGAGAAAAAAGUUCUAUUUUAUUUAUCACCAGUGAACCGUCUAGUUGGAACCCUGAUGACUGUACUAUCGCUAUUUCCAGGAAUGGUAGAACAUGGUUUAGCAGAUGCGUCACAAUACAAACCACGUAAAAGCACUUCAGAAGAUAUCGUUUUCCAGGAGCAUGGUUUGAAUGCUGAAGAAUAUGUGUCCAUUUCUGUGUCAGACGUUUCAAGUAUUACUCCAGAAUUCAGUGUAGACACAAAAUAUCCAGCAGGAGAUCAUCAGAAAAAUGUUACAGCAAAGCUGGUAAGCUUUGCAGAUGCAGCGAGGUCCGAGCAAGUAGAAGAUAGAUUACGACCUCCACCGCACACUUCACCCAAUUCAUCUGAAAGUGAUUGGGAAACUUUGGACACCAGCAUUCUUGAUGCAGAUAAUGGGACAAAGGAAGAGACAAUGAAUGAAAAGAAUAAUCAAAAAGAAGUGUUUAUCUCAGAUUCUUUGGUUUCUCAAUCUUUACCAAUCACUGUGCAACCACAAGCAAAUACAAUUGAGACUGUGAUAGUUCCAGGUUUAAUUUCAGGUUUAGAGGAAGACCAGUAUGGAAUGCCCUUAGCUAUCUUUACAAAGGGUUAUCUUUGUUUACCAUACAUGGCUUUGCAGCAGCAUCACCUUCUCUCUGAUGUCACUGUGCGUGGGUUUGUUGCAGGGGCAACAAAUAUCCUUUUUCGGCAGCAAAAACAUCUGAGUGAUGCAGUGAUUGACAUUGAAGAAGCUGGCAUACAAACACAUGAUCCAGAACUACGCAAACUAUUAAACCUCACUACAGCAGACUUGCGUUUUGCAGACUUUUUGGUGAAGCAUGUAACUGAAAAUAGAGACGAUGUGUUUCUCGAUGGGACAGGUUGGGAAGGAGGAGAUGAGUGGAUCAGGGCCCAGUUUUCACUCUAUAUUCAUUCCCUUCUUGCCACAACUUUGCAGCCAGAUAAUGAGAAAAUGUUGGCAGACUAUGGCCUUCUCUUUGUUACCGCCUGGAAGAAUACACACAACUUUAGGGUGUGGCAUAGCAACAAACAUCCUGCUUUUGCACAAAUUAAUUCUGGACAUCCAUUUCAGGGCCAGUACAACGUAUCAGAUGUCAAACUAAGAUUGUCACAUUCUGUCCAGAAUAGUGAACGUGGGAAGAAGCUUGGAAAUGCAAUGAUCUCCACGAGCCGCAGUGUGGUGCAGACAGGAAAGGCAGUCAGUCAAUCUGUAGGAGGGGCACUCACUAGUGCCAAAUCUGCCAUGACCUCGUGGUUUUCCACGUUCAACCAACAAUCUGCUGCAUCUUUCACUGAAAGACAGACGGGGAAACACUGACAACUUCAUAUGCAAGGAUGAUUGCAGGCACUGGGCAUUCCAAUAUUAUUCUGCAGAGAGCUGGAACUCGUUGAUUUAUUAAAAGGCCUGGUUAUAAUCAGUAUAUUCCUUAUUUCUGGUGCCAGGUAAUAAUGAUCAGACUUAUCACUGUUUAUCUAUUUUGCUUAUUACCUCAACUUGAGACAACUUUUCAUUAUUAGAUGCUUGCUGAUUUAUGUAGAAUGUGUAUUUUGGCCAAUUGACAAAGAAGUUGUAUUUCUUACUGUACAACCGUAGAGGCAGUGGAUAAAUGUAUUUGUUAAUAGUGUGUGCCUCUGCAUCACUUUCAUAAUCUUUAAUUGGGAUUAAUAUUUAAAUGGCAAACUUUAUAUUUUUCUCUUGUUUGCAACAAUCGUAAGAAAGUUCCAGUAAAUAUAAUCACUGAAGUAAUUAAAACCCAUGUUCUUAAUUGAUUCUACCAAACCGAUGCUGUGUACUGACAGGGAUGUACAUAUGUUCAUUUUUAAGCAAUUGAAAUGAAAUAUUUUAGUGCUUAAAUAUGGGGAAAAACUGCUUAGAUUUGAUUAAGUUGUAUUUAAAUAAAAAGGGAAAUAAUUCUGGGCUCAAGACCUUCAUCUCCCUUCCAAGAAUGCCAUUACCCUCAAAUAGUGAACUGGAGUAUUCAGAUCAUGAAAACUAAACACUUAAUAUUUAUGCUUGUAAUGCAUUGACCCGUAGGUUUUUGACUAAUCAAAUAUGCAACUGCCUGUAAUAACUCAUGUAUUUUUAAAUAACUUGAAAGAAAUGCUUGUAAAUAUAACUUUCCAGUUUUAUUUAAAUUAACAUUUUCUUUGGUGUAAAUCAUUAAAUCUUAUUUUCUCAUCUAAUGCAAAUAUGGCCUUGCAAAUUUUGAAAUAAUGGCAUUGGUGUAUGCUGCAUUUUAAUGCAGAAAACUGCAGGCAGACAUUAGUGUCGGUCAGAAAGUUAUUUGUGAAAGUAUUCUGGACAAAAUAUAGCACUUGCAUAUAGUCUCUUUCCCUUUAAUAAGGGAAAUAGUGAAGUUUACAUUCCUAGCCGCAUUCUGCAUCAGUUUUGAUUAAAAAGGGGGAGAAGAUAAUGUACUGGUUUUACAGUGGUAUGGUACACAAUGUUAUAAUUUGAAUUCAAAUGUUUUUGGAAUCAGUCAAGACAUUUUUUUGUGAGGGGUGCAAGCUCUUCUCAUACAAAAUGGAUCUAUCUAAUUUUAUGAAGGUGUAAGUUGGUUACAAUAGACUUAAUAGAUUGUACUUUGCAUAUUAAGUUUAGUAGUUUUGUCCCUGACAAAUUUUCAGAUAUUUUGUGAAACGUCAGAUGUAAUUCAAAAUUUUGUCACAAUUCAAUAGAAAAUAGCUUUGCACGUUAUUUGCUCUAUUACAAUUUACUGUGAACUUUGUUUUCAGUAUGUUAAUAUCACUUGGUUUUGUUCUGUGAUAAUUACAAAUAAAACCAUCUUCAAAGGGA